AUGACGUCGACUGUACGUUCGAAAUUUACACAUUCUCAAUCAUGUAAUCCAAAUAUGUCUCAACAGCCACAUCCAUUUUUACGUAUGCAAAUAGUGAAUUUUCAAGUGAAUAAUAAUCAAUGUGUAAAUUUGUCGAAUGUUCAAACACAAAUUGAACUUAAAGAAAAAUAUCGAUCAACACGAGAUAAUGCUGAAAAGCCAGCGAAAGUAAAAUUUCCGACCUACAUUGAAAAAGAGAAAUGUAUUCCAUUUGAUGCUGGUUUAAUACAUAAAAUAAAGCGACAAAUUAUAAUUCGAAUUCAUUGGAAUAAUAUUACUUAUACAUUCGAGUCAGAUUUAGAUGCAUUAAAAAAAAUAGCUGAUGGACAUCGACAUCGAUUUCUUUUUAUACCACAAGCUCAAGCUGAACUGAUUGUAAAAUAUAAAGAUUCCUCUGGACGAACACUUCGUCAAGAGAAUAUUAUACAAGGUGCAAAUCGUUAUGCUGAACGACGUCAACAAAUUUAUAAACAUUUUGGUCAUGAAUUUCUACCAAAAGUAUUUAAAUUACCAACAUUUUGUUCUGUAUGUUCAGAUUUUCUUUGGGGCUUUUCUUAUCAAGGUUUUCAAUGUCAACGAUGUGAUUGUGUUGUACAUAAAGGAUGUUAUAGUAGAUUCGCAUGUCCAUGUAAAGGAAAAAAAUAUCCUGAUCUUAAAAUUAAUGUUCCUCAUCAUUUUGAACAACAACCAUUUUCGUUAAAACCUGUUUUUUGUGAUCAUUGUGGUAGUUUUGUUCGACCUGGUCAUGCACAUAAAUGUUCUCAUUGUGCAAUGACUGUACAUCGUCGUUGUAUAGCAAAAGUGGGUAAUUAUUGUGGAUGUGAAGAAAAUGUUUUAGCAUUAUAUGAAAAAUGGAAAGAAACACAUUAUGGUGAAGCAGAUAAUGAUUAUCAAUAUAAUGGUGAUUUAUAUAAUAUUUAUUCAAGUUUGGAUAAUACUGAUCGAUCACAGGAUGUUCAAAAAGAAAUUGAACGUAUAUCAAAAUGUUAUCGAUCGAAUGUAACAUCUGGAUUUGAUAUAAAUCAAUUUCGAUUGAUACGUACAUUAGGACAGGGAAUGAAUGGAGCAGUUUAUCUAGCACAAUAUGGUCGAAAUCAUUAUGCAAUGAAAGUACUUCGCAAAAAUCUUGUACUAGAAGGACAUGAUUUACCUUAUGUUAUGUCAGAGAGACAAAUAAUGGCUGAAAGUCGAUCAAAUCCAUUUAUAACUCAAUUAAUUUAUGCAUUUCAAAAUGCUGAAAGAUUAUUUUUCUUAAUGGAAGUAGCUCGAGGUGGUAACCUUUAUCGUAUUCUUUUAAAACAAACACCUCGACCAUUUCCAUAUGAGCGUAUUGUUUUUCAUUCUGGAGAGAUAGCCUGUGCACUUUCAUUUCUUCAUUCAAAAUUUAUCGCUUAUCGUGAUCUAAAACCUGAAAAUGUUUUUAUUUUUGAAGAUGGUCAUACUAAAUUAGGUGAUUUUGGUUUAUGUAAACAAAAUACUGAUCAACACCCCAAAGCAACGACAUUUUGUGGUACACAAGAAUAUAUAGCUUAUGAAAUCUUUAAACAUUUUGAAUAUGAUGAAAAUGUUGAUUGGUGGUCAUUGGGUAUAAUGAUCUAUGAAUUAUUCACAUUUAUAACACCAUUUUAUGAUGAAGAUGAAACACAAAUCGAAGAAAAUGUUCUUUUUAAAGAUGUUUGUUAUCCUGAAACAUUACCAAAAGAAGCUAAAAAAAUUAUCUCAGGUUUACUUGAACGUGAUCCAAAGCGACGAUUAGGAAAUAAGAAUUCACCAUUAGGAUUGCUAAAAGACCAGCUAUUUUUUAAAGAACCGUUUACAUUGGAUAAUAUUGAAAAUCGUCGAGUCCCUCCACCAUGGGUUCCAAGUUCAUUAAUAUCGUUUGAACCCAAUGAUGAACAACUACGUUUAUCUGAAUUUGAACAAAAAGAUAAAGUUUUAUUAUUAUCAACACCACCAGACACAUUUCGUGGUUUUUCUUAUAUCAAUCCCAAUGUUCUAAAAAAUCAGACAGAAAUAUUUUAA